CUUUCUGGCUGACCUAUAGGGAAAGAGAGAGGCAAGGCAGCAGAAGAGCUAAUCCUUCGAUCCCCCCCGUGUGUGCAUUGCCAUAUGACGUCAUAGUCGUCUGAAAUUGCAUCCGAAAAUUGGGUCCCCGUGUUCGGGAAACGAAACAAAAAGUCCCGUUAUUUUUAUUUUUUAUUUCUUUUGAUAUUGUCAUCUGACAAGUCACGAAUUCAAGUGAGAAUUAUUCAAAGAACUGGUCAGUAUAAUUUGCUGGACAUUCGUUACAUAUCGAAUCGAGAAAAAGAAUAAAACUCGUAACGAAAGGAAAAGGAAUUGAGGUCGACAUCAAGAAAAAAAAAAAAACCCUCAGAAAUCGUGAGUGAUGUCGAGUCUGUUGUCGAGAAGGGAAAUGGGAAUAAAAAAGAGCCAAACUAUUCAACAAACGCCAAAAAAUAAAAAUUGAAAAAAAAAAAAAGAAUUGUAGGGAAGGAACUUGAAAGAGUGUGGAAGAAAGGGAAAUUGGGCGGAGAUAGUGGUCCAACUUGCACACACCAGCCACACACACACACACUCUCUCUUUUUCCCUGGCCCACCCCCCCUCACAACCCGUUAUUUGAGGCGACUAGUGUGGCGCUGCGAUCGCAUUUGUUGCGGCCUCUCUUCGUACUAAUAUUGCAUAUACGCUUAGCUACAGGCGAGUCUGGUAGUAUAGUCACUGGUGGGGUUGCGGCUUUGUCGAGACUCUACAGUGCAGUCGAGUACCGCCGCCUGCCAAUGUGUCAGUAGGCCACUGGGCUCCGUACAGUACAGACGUGUGCCGUUGCCGCUGCUGCUGCUGCUCCUCCUCUCCCUUCCUUUUUCUAUUUUUCAUUUUCACGUCGGGACACAAUUUUUUUUUUGUUUUUUUUUGUUUUUGUUUUAACUUUUUAUUUUCCGCUGAAAAAAAUAACCCCCCCUCACCCCACUACCGUUUGGUUGGGGGAUUUUGUGUACGUGUGUAUGUGUGUGUGUGUGGAUUGUGCGACAAGUGCGGCCCUUUUUCUCCCUUUGAUAAUUCCAUUUGGAAUUUGAGCAUUUUAUUCAAAUUUGCCGCUCGAAGCGAACUGAAAAUCAUUUUUGAAUGGAUGGACGGACGUGUGUGUGAAAUCUCAGCUACUAUCAAGGAAGGAAAGAAGAGAAAAAACAAAACAAAAGAGCGCUUACCUGCAGUCGUUGAUUGUCGGGAUUGUGGCGUGACGAUGCGUUGAUUGAGCGGGAAAAACAAAAUUGCGGCAGCUCCUCAUCAGUGUGAUCCAUCCUUGGCCAUUUUCUUUCUGUCAGCGCUCUCUAAUCACAAAAGUGUGAAAAUCAUAGAAGAGGCAAUUUGUUUGUUGACUCGGUCUUUGUACUUUUAAACACCCCUCCCCCCCACCCCUUCACCUGAAAAAAAGCAAAAGAAAAAAAAUGAGGAACACGAGUUUAUUAGCGGCUCCAGCCGAGCCGGUCAUUGAAAACGAUUUGCCGCUGGACUUGAGUUGCAAUUCUCGGCGUCGCAGUGAAGACGACGACGAAGAGGAAGAAGAAUUGGGCGAAUUUCAUUCGGCCAAUGCUGGCCGUCGCUCUGAUGGGCUCGAUGUCAAAGAGGCGGACGUUCAUCAUCAUCGCGUCGGUGACAGAUCGUCGGGUCUGGUCGUCAGCCUGGCCGGUCCGCCGUCUCCUCCGCGCUCGCCGACUUCCGAUUUCCGCGCCCUGUCCGAUUUGGGUUACGUGGCCUAUCAUCGUCAGCUGAUGGCCAUGGAGCGCCAGCGCCAGUGGCUGCUGGAACAUCACCACCAGCAGCAGCAACAGCACGCGGCCGAUGCGGCGGCGGCAGCGCAACAGGAUGCCAUGGCGGCCGACCAAGAAGAGGCGGACGGAUGCAGCGCCAAGGAUCGCGAUCGUUCGCGACGUCAUUAUCGCAUGCAGCAUCGCUUUCAUCGCCAGCAGAGGCGCAACAAGAACAACAAGAACAACGAGGACGAAGAUGCGCCAGACGACAACAACAACGAAGACGACGAGCAACAACAAACGGCGUCCGAUGGCCACUGUCAAGACGCUCACGAUCUCUUAAUGAUGCGACGUCAUCGACGUCGUUCUCUUGUCGGCUACGACGACGAGGACGACGAUGACGACGAAGACGAUGACGAUUGCUGUCUAGGCUCGGACGUUGAGGAAGAUUCCGAUGAUUCUCAUCAGAAUCCCAUGGAUUUGGGAUUGGCUAAUCCGAAAGCUUACAAAAAAUCUCUGAUGAAACGUUAUCUUGAUACGGCAGUGGAUGGCGGCCGCCACGGUGUCGCUGGGCCGGCGGGUCGGUUGGUGUUGCAAGCGAGCCGCAAUAACGGCUACAGCACGGAGACGGGCACGCCAACCACGACGGCCGGUGGCAGCGUUCAAUCGUCGGCCGUUGCUCGCCAACUUCAUCAACUUCAGCAACAACCUCCCACAUCGACGGCCACCACUUCUGCCGCCACGACGGAACCUCCCAGGACUUUGCUGCGUGGCAUCCUCAGCCAACAACCGGGCGCUUCUGGUUUGGCCAGCAAUAACAGUAACGCAACGGCUAACAACAACAACAGCAGUGCCAGUGCCAGUGCCAGUGCCGUUUUGGGUCUGGUCAAUCUGCACAGCAUCCUUCAGCCGGGUCAUCCGGCUCUGCGUCCGGCUGGACCUGCCGACCACCAACAGCAACCGGCCGCCUACCAACAACACCACCACCACCACCUAAACCUUCACCAGCAACAACAACUUCUUCGCCAUCCGUCGUUGGUGGCAGGACAUCAUCCGCACGUCAAACCCGGAUCGUUACCGCCUUCACCAGCCGACAGCGGUGUCUCUGACGUGGAUAGCAGCAGCGGCCACACCAGUAACGACGAGUUAAAAUCACGACUGCAAUCAUCAGGUGGUGGUUAUGGCAACGAAGAUGACCUGGUUGAUAGCCAAAGUCCAUCGCCAAUCACCUCUUCUUCCCUCUCUUCCUCCUCUUCCUCUUCUUCUUCUUCUUCUUCUUCCUCCUCCUCCUCUUCUUCUUCGAGUAACUGCAGUAAUGGUGGUGGUCCUGGCCAGCGAUUCAUCCCGCAGCCGCUCUUCUCUUACGAACGCUUCUCUGUCCUUCAUCAGCAACGUUCUCUUUACGCUGUCAGCGACAGUUUCGACAAUUUCCAUCCGCCGUCGACGCCCUUGUCGGCUCAUCCGCCCUCAUCUUACGCCAUCCAUUCCCAGCAGCAGCUUCAACAGCAGCAGCAGCAACAGCAACAACAACAGCAACAACAGCAGUUGUAUAGCAACAGCAAUGGCUUGCUCCAUUCACGCGCUGGAGGCGGAUCCGCUUCUGCCGUGGGUCAUCCGCCGCUGCAUUUGCAUGCGUCGAUUCCGGGAUCGCCGGGCAACGCUCACCACCACCAUCAUCUCCACCAACACCACCAGUUCCACCAUCAUCACAAUCCGGCCGGCCCAUCAUCGGCCAUGGUGGCUCUGCUGUCCGGCUCACCGUCCGCCAGCGGAGGCAACGUGCCCAGCGUCCCGACUUCGGUCAUUCAAGCGCCUUCGACGGCCAGCCCCAUCUCGAGCGGUGGCGGAAGUCCAAGCGGAGGGGAAGACAACUAUUUCAACGAGCUCUACAACUUGGGUGUAGGAGGUGUAGGCAGUGUAGGAGGAGGCUAUUCCGGCCAGUCGGGUCUCGAAUCGCCUCACAGGCGGAAAAAGAUGAAAAAACAACGUAAUCCAGACGGCCCGGAUGGAUGCCCGUCCGGCAAGAGGAAAAACAGAGAAGGUAAACGAAUUUUAUUUUAUUUUUCGAAUAGGCCGAUUAGUUUUUCAAACGUUGUAACACCUCUUUUUUUGUCUCUGUGUGUGUGUGUCUAUUGUUUGGGGUUUGAUUUGUGUGUAGCUGGAUCAACGACGUACCUGUGGGAGUUUUUGUUGAAAUUGCUUCAAGAUAAGGACUGCUGUCCGCGCUACAUCAAGUGGACCAAUCGCGAGAAGGGCGUUUUCAAGCUGGUCGAUUCCAAAGCGGUUUCCAGGUUAUGGGGUCUCCAUAAGAACAAACCCGACAUGAACUACGAAACGAUGGGUCGAGCAUUGAGGUAUUACUACCAACGUGGCAUUUUGGCUAAAGUGGACGGCCAACGGCUCGUCUACCAGUUCGUCGACGUACCCAAAGACAUUGUCGAAAUCGAUUGUACGGGCGCCUAAGACACUUCUACAACAACCAGGAGAAGGAAAAUAGAAAGAAGAAAAACAAAUUCUUUCCCCCUCUCUCUCUCUUUUUUUGCUCAUCUUCGUUCAUCUCUACGUAAAGUGUGAAACGGAUGGAUGCCUCCGUGCGACCAGGUCGCUGAGAAGGAAAGGACAACAGCAUUUUGACGGUGUGUUUGGAGGGUGUCUACCCUCCUCAUUUUGCUCCUGGUUUCCCCCCUCCUCUUUAACCCCUUUUUGUCCAAGUGCCUUUUUGAUCGGUUCGCUUCUUCUUCACGACAAAAAAGCAAACAAAACAACAACAAAAAGACAACAAAUCUAUCGCCCCUUCUUUUUUAUGAAAAAAACAAAAAAAAACAAAAAAAACUUUUGAAUUCGAGGAAAUGAUCCGAUUUUCUUUCAUCCCCAUUUCUUCUUGUAUCCCUUUGAAUUGUUUUGCUUCAAAGGCCCGACCUUUUUUUUUGUUUGUUUGUUUGUUUCAGAGUUAUUUUUGGGGGAGAAAUUUGAUUUUAGUUUUUUUUUCACUGUGUGUGUCGGAACCUCAACUGUGAUGAUUGUGCGCGCGUUAGUUGGAACGGUAAAACCCAAGAGCGAUUUUUUAAAAUUGAAAUGCAGAUAGGAAGGUUCGUUACAGUGAGACCCCACUAAGCCGAAAGAAAGGAGAGGGGCUCAAUUCAGUAUAUAAGCGUAUUAUGUAAUAUUCAAAAAGGAAAAAAAAAAUGUUUGUUUUGUUUAGUUAUUUAUAACGAGUUACAAAAAAAAAAUAUCGUAAUCUGAUCAUCAUCGUUGCAUGUGUAAUUUAUACCAAUCCCCUCCAUCCCCUACAAAACACCUCGAGGAUAGGAAAGAUGACGACAGUUUGAGUUCGACUUAUCAUCGUUGAAUGAUGUGCGUAUUUUAUUAUUCAGCGUGCAAUGCAAUAUUGUAGUUUGAAAUGAUAAGAUGACGAAGGGAAAGGACUAAGGGAUGGCGAGGAGGAGAGAAAGAGAGAGUGCCUCGAAUAGUUCAAUGUUAAUAUAAUUCUACAUAGCGUUUUCUCACUUGUCCCUCCAUUAAAACCAUCAAUUACGAAAAAUAAAAGGUUAGAAUUUUAAAAAAGAAAAAAAAAAAAAAAUGAAGAUGAUGUAAUAUUGUUGAUAUCCCUGAUUGUCGCAUUUUCAAGUGCUAGAAGAGAAAUGAAAAAAGAAAAUCGAAAAAAAAAAAAAAGUUUAUAUAAAAUGUUCAAUUUGUUUUUGUAAUGUACCUUCGACAAAACAGGUGAUGGCCACCACAAAGGGAAACGCUAACGUGCUGUUAUCUAUAUAUACAUAUACAUAUUCGGGUUUCUAAUGUUUGCGCUAUAUACUUAAGUUAUUUCAGAACGAAUGUCAUUGCAUGUCGUGGUGUGAAAAAUGCCUUAAUUUUGCCCGCCAGCCCCACCAUUUCAAUUUUGUUAUUGUGACCCUGUAAUCAACCACCAAUCCCAUUUUAUCAUCCAAGACGAAUCCCAGUUUUCUAUAUCUUUUUUUCGCCUUUUUUUUUUAAAUCGAGAAACCAAAACCGGGAGAAGGCUAGUUACACUCAAUUAACCUACUCCAAAACCCAGAAAUUUUAACAAAGAAAAAUAAGAAAAAAAAACAAACAAAAUCCCGCCCCGUACUUCAAUUAUCAAAAAAUAGCGAAGAAAGAAAUGGAGAUCUCAAUUCUGAUCCCGUCUCUGCAUCUCAGCAUCACGUGACACGAUGAUGAUUCGUGCCAAGAGUCCCUCUCCUCCACCCCACCCCCACCCCUCUCCCAUCACACAAAUGUUCUGCUCCGUUCAACGGUAAACUCUCCCAACCCACAAAACAGUUGUUAUAUGCCACUUUUCAGAAAUUUUAUUCCUCUUCAAUUUUUGCCCCUUUCCCUAUUGGUAUCGAUCUGAAUCGGAAGACACACAUUGGACGUGGAUGCUCAGCAAUGAUGUCAUUUGGGCUGGUUAGGUUUUCGGGUGGUUAGGGUUCGCGUUAAACGCGGCCCGUACACGUGUAUAUGUACGUCUUGACCUGCUUCGCUAUUUUAAGGUGCGGCACGAUCGAUUCGAAUUACGACACGUCAGCGAUUUCAUCUAUUUUUAAUGAGUGUGUGUGUGUGUGUGUGCGGCGAUAUGCAGUGCGUUAUUGUAAUUUCAUUGAACCGCUUUGUAUUUCUUUUGACCUGAAAAAAAAAAAAAGGAAAACUUGUGUGUUUGUGUGUGUGGCGGGUACAUAUGUAAUAAUACAAUUGUCGUGUCUA